AUGGCGGACAAGACAGCGAAAUACAGGCAGGAGAUCCAGCAGAUGAUGUAUGUCUCUGGAGAAACUGCCGAAGCAUCGCCAGAAACCACCGGUAUGAUUGAGGAAAUUGUUAGACAGCAAGUCAUCGAAAUGCUCCGGCAAUGUACUGAACAAGCUGCUCGAAGGGGAAGUAGAUCAAUCUCAACCGAUGAUUUGAUCUUCCUGAUUCGUCAAGACAUUGCCAAGGUAUCCCGGUUACGAACUUUUCUUUCCUGGAAAGAUGUCCGUAAAAAUGUCAAAGACUCCGAUGAUAAAGGAGGAGAAGUUGAUGUCGGUACUGGGGAUGAACCCGUUGCAGCAGGGGCUGGAGGUCCAGCUGUCGUUGAUACUGCCAAGAAGAACAAAAAGGCAAAAGUCGGCUUGCCUUGGGAAGUGCCAUCAUUCUACAAUCAAGAAGUACCGGAACGAGACGACGAAGAAGACGAGGAUGAAGAGGAGAUGAACUUUGCAACUCUCCAACGAUUGAAGAAAGCCGAUGAAAGGACGAAAGCUAUGACCAAGGAGGAGUAUGUCACAUGGUCUGAAUAUCGUCAAGCAUCCUUCACGUUCAGGAAAGGCAAAAGAUUCAAGGAAUGGGCUGGCUUUGGUGUUGUUACAGAUUCGAAGCCUAAUGACGAUAUUGUGGAUAUUCUCGGGUUUUUGACUUUCGAAAUCGUGCAGACGCUUACAGAGGAGGCUUUGAAGAUCAAAGAGCAGGAAGAUCUGGGCAAAGACAAGUCUGGUGGCGAGCAACAAGGAAAGAAACGCAAGUUAACAGGCCUCUUCGAUCCGCCAUCAGAAGGUCGUACGCCUGUCGAACCACGGCAUAUUCAGGAGGCAUUCAGAAGGCUUCAACAACGGCCGAAUAAGCAGCGUGCUAUGUGCAAUUUCACGAGAGGCUUAAACAGAACGCCGCUCAAACUUGUAAGUCAAUUAUGGUUGACAUUUAUCGCGAUAUAUGCUUACAUUGCUCUAGUUCUAAACUUGGAAACUUGA